AAGGUGUAAAGAAGUACCAAGACAAGCUCAACAAGCAUUAAAAAAUUCUCUUAUAUUUGAUACUAUCAACCAUAAAAAUACUUCAAAACAAGGCUCAAUCUAGUUUCAACUUCCAUAUAGGAUGUAUCAUCAUCAUCAUCAAGGAAAAAAUAUUCACUCUUCUUCAAGAAUGUCAAUACCAUCUGAGAGGCACAUGUUCCUUCAAACAGGAAAUGGUUCUAGUGAUUCAGGACUUGUGCUCUCAACAGAUGCAAAACCUAGAUUAAAAUGGACACCUGAUCUUCAUGCAAGGUUUAUCGAAGCAGUUAAUCAGUUAGGCGGAGCGGACAAGGCAACUCCAAAAACAGUAAUGAAACUCAUGGGAAUUCCAGGGCUUACCUUAUACCAUUUAAAGAGUCAUCUUCAGAAGUACAGAUUAAGCAAGAAUCUGCAUGGACAAAGCAGCAGUAAUGUGACACACAAAAUAAACACACAUGCAACUUCAGUAAGUGAUGAGAGGCUUUCUGAAACCAAUGGAACUCACAUGAAUAAAUUAACCCUUGGACCACAGACUAAUAACAACAAAGAUUUGCACAUAAGUGAGGCGCUGCAAAUGCAGAUUGAGGUUCAGAGAAGACUCAAUGAACAACUUGAGGUACAAAGACACUUGCAGCUAAGGAUAGAAGCUCAAGGGAAAUACCUUCAAUCAGUGCUUGAAAAAGCUCAAGAAACACUUGGUAGACAGAAUUUAGGAAUAGUAGGGCUUGAAGCAGCAAAAGUUCAACUAUCAGAGCUUGUGUCAAAAGUAUCCUCACAGUGUCUGAAUUCAACAUUUUCAGAGAUGAAAGAGUUACAAGGAUUUUGUCCUCAACCAAACGACGGCUCGAUGGACAGUAGUUGCUUAACAUCGUCUGACCGAUCACAAAAGGAACAAGAGAUCAUUCAAAAUGGAGGGUUUGGAUUAAGACACUUCAACAACAAUAAUAACAACCAUGUGUUCAUGGAAAGAAAAGAACAACAAGCAACAGAAUUAGCAGGUUCUGUUCAAAACCUUAGAAACAAUGAAGUACUAAAAUGGUGUGUUGAGGAAGUGAAAAAGAACAGUAAUUUUCUAACUCCAUUAGGAAAUAAUAAUGAAUUAGAAAGAAAUCAUGGAAAUUUGUCUAUGAAUAUUGGAGUUGAGAAUCACUUAGAUAUUGGUGAGUUUCAACAAAGGAACACUGCAAGAUUGGAUCUAAACAGUCGUGGAGAUAAUAAUGAAGGUGCUACAACUUGUAAACAACUUGAUUUGAAUAGGUUCAGUUGGAACUAAUAUGAGAGAGUCAAUUUUAGCAAAAUGGAAUAAGUUUAUGCAACAAAUUAUGAGCAAUGAUGAAUUUGUAAUCGACCAUUAUUAUGAAGGAGAUAGCUCCAGUAAUAUCGAUACAAUUUUAUUCUACCUAAUUCAAAUUAAGUUCAUGCUAUCAAUGCCAUGCAAGCUUGGUAUGUGGUACGUAACAUGCAUUGGUUGUUUAUGAGUC